AUGCAGCAGGAGCUGUGGCUGAGGGCCCAGUCUCAGGUGCUUGCCUCUCUGAAAGCAGCUUGUGCCAUGAGAGCGGCCGCCUCACACCCGCUGCCCACGCCCCCGUCCCCACACGAUCUCAAACGAGCUCUGUCCGGCAGCGACGGCCCCGGCCAGGCCCACAGCAUCCCCAACUCACCCAGACCAGCACACCUCAGGACCCGCACGUCCAACAACACGUUCAGCAACAGUCCUGUGUUUCCACAUAACAGAGAAAAUGCAGACAAGCACAACACAGGCGAGAGUCCCUGGAACCUGAACAACCCAGUGAAGGCCUCGAGAAGCCACCAGGAACUCCACAGAGAGCUGCUGCUGGCCCACAAGAAGGGGCUGGUAGUGUGCUGUAAGCCUGAGCUCCAGACGGUUCUGGAGAGGCGCAAGAGGGAGCAGGCACAGAAAGAGGAGGGCGAGAGGGACAGGAGCCCUCUGGAGCAGGUCCUGCUCAAACGCCAGCAGAAGCACCAGGAGAGGGAGAAGGAACAGGAGGAGAAGAUUCGUGAUGAGAUUCAGCUUCUUGAGUUCAUCCGCGUGAGACAGAACUUGAGAAAAGUCCAUUCGGCUCUACACAAGAACAUCAACUCCUGAAGCUGGUCAAUAGCAGAAGCUGGCUGUGACUGGACAAACAGAAUGGACAUGCAACAGCCACUUCACACUGGCAGAAGAGGGUGUUUCAUGCUCUGCCUGCUGCUGUAAUUACUAAGCUGGAAACCU